CUACGUGAUGUAUUGGGCCAUGAAUUAAAAAUAAAAAAUAAAAAAACCAAAACCCUAACCCCUACUUCAAAAUUUUCUGUCAUUUUCUCUUACUUUCCUUUCCUCUGGGAAAAUCUCAGGCAUUUCUUCUGAUCCGCAUUUCCAUUGCAAUGAAACAAUAACAACAGCAACAAUAACAAUGGCCACCAAAUCACAACCAUUCUCAUGGUCACGUCUCCUCCUCAACUAUCAAUUCCUGAAAAAACCCACAAAACCCCCACUCCACUUUUCCCGGAAAAUCUCUACUUUCACACACUUUCCCACCUCCCAAACACCGAAAUUCUCAUUUCUAACAAAGACCCAUUACUCCACAGCCUCCGAGAGGGUGGUCCAUGACCUCCUUGCCGAGGUGGAGAAAGAGAGGCAUAGAGAAAGAGAGCAGAGGAAAAGGGCUGGCUUGGACACCAAAGACAUUGAUGCUGAGGAUGACGAAGAUUACAUGGGUGUCAUGCCAUUGAUAGAGAGGCUUGAGAAACAGAAGCUUAAGGACACUGGGGAAUUGAACCGCUACGAGGAGCGUUCGGACUCUGAUAGCGACGAUGAUGACGAGAGGUUUAGCAAUGAAGCAGUGAAGAAGAGGAAGGAUGAGUUUGAUAGGAAGUUCAAGCGGCACGAGGAGUUGCUUAAGAACUUCACUGAAGCUGAUACACUUGAUGAUGCAUUCAAGUGGAUGUAUAAAAUAGACAAGUUUGAGCAAAAGCAUUUCCGACUCCGCCUUGAGUAUCGGGUCAUUGGUGAGUUGAUGAAUCGUUUGAAAGUAGCAGAGGGAAAGGAUAAAUUCAUUCUUCAACAGAAACUAAAUAGGGCUAUGAGGUUGGUGGAAUGGACGGAAGCUUAUGAUCCUAACAAUCCUGCCAAUUAUGGAGUUAUUCACCAUGAACAAGUUGGGGCUUCUGCUGAUCUCUUGGACCAACCUGGAUUUGAGAAGGCAAAGCAAUUGAUACAAGGGGAUGACGAUGAUGAGGAAGAGUUUGAUGACAUGAAAGAGAGGGAUGACAUACUGAUAGCAAAGAUUAAUUUCAUUGACAAAAAACUUGAAGAGAAGCUAGCAGAGUUGGACCAUACAUUUGGAAAGAAGGGGAAGCUUUUAGAGGAAGAGAUCAGAGAUCUGGCUGAGGAGAGAAAUGAUUUGACAGAGAAGAAAAGAAGACCUCUGUACAGGAAAGGUUUUGAUGUGAAAUUGAUUGAUGUCAAUCGAACUUGUAAAGUUACUAAGGGUGGGCAAGUGGUCAAAUACACUGCUAUUUUAGCAUGUGGAAACUAUCAUGGUCUUGUUGGUUUUGCUAAAGCCAAAGGCCCUGCAAUUCCUAUUGCUCUUCAAAAGGCAUAUGAGAAAUGCUUUCAAAAUCUCCACUAUGUGGAACGGCAUGAGGAGCAUACAAUUGCACAUGCAGUACAAACAGCAUAUAAGAAGACCAAGGUAUAUCUCUGGCCUGCACCAACUAGGACGGGUAUGAAAGCUGGAAAAACUGUCCAAACCAUUUUGAAUUUAGCUGGUUUUAAAAAUAUCAAGUCUAAGGUUGUUGGCUCAAGGAAUCCUCACAACACUGUUAAGGCUCUCUUCAAAGCUCUGAAUGCAGUUGAAACUCCAAAGGAUGUUCAAGAAAAGUUUGGCCGGACUGUUGUUGAGAAGUACUUGCUGUGAUAUGGUUGCAUUUUUGGGUCGACUCCAAUUCUUACAGUUUUGUACUUAUGUUUCCUCAAAUCUAAAAGAAGGUUGUAUUCCUUUAUAUAUUAGAUGAUGAAAUGGAAAUUUUUUUUAGUUGUUCAAUUGCUUUUUUUUUUAACCCUUGUAUGUGGUAGUUAUUUUUCGCCACUACUGUUACUCUCUCUAUUUUUGUGUUGACAUUUUUACCAGCAAGAUAGAGGGGUGCAAUGUUGUAGACUUAUUGUUGCAAAUAAAAUGAUAAUAGACUCAAUUUUAACUUCA